AUGUCUAAUAUAGUCAGAAGCCGUCACAUUGACCCAACUCAGUCAGAAAAUAGUCCAAAGAACCUCAACGGAUCUGGCAGCCACGAUCAGUCAUCGUCAUUGCCUCGCGGUAGCACGGAAGAGGCGCCCAACAUGGCGUUGGAUAAAACAAUCAACAAGGGCGAUCCAGCGCCAGAUGACGAUGUAUCUGCAAAGAGUGGCCAUGCCCAAAGUCAAGAUAAUCCUAUCUCCUCUUCGGUCGAGGCUUGGAACAGCAAUGCUGAACCACCAAAGUUUUCGGUGCAAUCAAUAUCGACUUCUCCAGUUGAUCAGUCCAAAUCGAAAAAUCCUCCGAUCACAGAGGAUAUGGGAAUUCAAGAUAGCCAAUCAGGCGUCGGAAGAAGGCCUGAUACACCGAUACCAGAGGACUUACAACAAGAAGAACCUUUUUCUUAUUACCUAAACGAAGAGGAUUAUGGCAGAGAAGAAGAUUAUGACCAAGAGCAAUACUACGACCAAGAGCAAGAUCACGAUCAACAACAAGAUCACGGCAAAGAACAAAAGCAUGGCAAAAAACAAAAACCUAGCCAUGAUCCAACUGCAAGUGACCACUCAUCCCCUGACUCUACUGCCACAGUACUUGCAACUGACCGCCUGGUCGCUAUCGACUUCACUGUCUACCACACCGAAUAG